AUGCCAGACGAACGGGAUAUCCUGCGACAGGCAGCGGGGAGUAUUUAUUUUUCCUUUAGUGCUGCUUUUGUUCUUUUUUCUUCCCGUGGGCUUACUUUGAUAUUAGGUCUGUGUCUCUGAAAGGCAAACGUCGCAAAAACCCUUCAUACUUACGGCUCGGAUAACAGAGCGCGCCUUCCCGAUGCCGCGGUUGCUGCCGAGCAAUGACGUAGUGAUCGACUACCUCGCUCUGGAGUACAGUUUUGACCAGCCCAGUUUUGAGGUCGCGAUGCGUGGUGGGAUUGACUGCUUUCAAAAGAAGGACUACAGCAAGUGCACCGAGUAUCUCGGGGUCGCCUACGAAAUCUCGCGGCGCAUGUCCCAGCCCCAUUUUCCGAUGGUGCAGGGCGUUUUGGUACCAGGCUGCGUUUGCUUUCAGCCGCUUUCAUCAUGGUUCAAGUUUAUUCGUCUGUGUGUUGUCCCCUUGUGGUUUUAUUUCGUUGCUACUUGUCUUUGAAGAAAAGCUAAAAUGUUGUAGUAGGUUACCAAUAUUCAAAAUCGCGACAUCUGCAGUUCAUGCGGAGUGUCGCGAAUUCACUGAUGGGCAAAACGGUCGAAGCCUUGCACGACAUCGAGGUUUCCCUGCAGGUACUAUGUGCGAAAAGGAAUUUUCUUCUUCAAUGAAUGUCAUUGGUGGCCACUCAUUGAUGCCGAAAUAACAUAUUUACUUCUUGCAUCGUGAGUGUCUAUAGACAUAGUGUACGCGACGUUAGUCAUUCGUUUAUGCCUCAAAAAAUACAGGUCCUGCCGCACGCUGCCAUCUCCCUCUACUGGCGUGGCUUCCUACUUCUGAAAACCGCGGAGAAUUUAUGAUAGUAGACAAUUAUUCCCCCUCGCCCUCCCCCUCAUUUGUGAUGCAAGAGGCCAAAUUCUUUCUGGGUGUCUCGGUCGUGUUCGCAUGACAAGUUAGUUUUUAAAUCCCAAAGUGCACUACAAUUCGCGGAUGCGACAUGCAAAACUGCACUUUGCAGGUUCUUUGUCUUGCUACACACGCCCUACCCCUUCAAAGGAGGGCACCGGGGGGAUAUUGUGCACUUUCAUAGAGAAUUGAAGUCGCGUAUCGCGUGCUGCAGCAGCUGGUCGGGGCCAACCCGGAGUGGCGCAAUUUCGUGGAACUGACCAUCGCCUUCUUCCUGGGUUUUCAUGGUUUCCAGGAGAAGGGGAUCCUGAUGUGCACGCGAGUCAUGCGUCGAAUGGAACAAGAGUUUGGCUCCCUGGACGAGGAAUUUACGCGAUUAGAGAAGCUAAACGAGGAGAAGUUCAAGGAAGGUCAAAAGUUCAAACCACAAGGGGGUGCACCCUCUGACGUACCUGGAUCAUCAACCAGGACGGAAAAGCACGUAUCACUAGCUCGAGAUGGCAACUCGAGUGUGAAGUUCCGAGGGGACGAGGGCGGUAUAAUCGCAGGCUCCGAGCAAAUCGGCGGGUCGCAAUCGUCCUCUGCAGCGUACCGCAGCUACGCGACACCCGAACUGGAAAGGGAACGCAAUAAUGUCGAUCUCGUCCGCGCUUUGGCGUAAAAAUAUUAAGUGCUUCUUAGGGUUAGGUUGUAGUUGUUUGUGACGCUAGCCUCGGAUGAAUAUGGUUUUGCGUUUGAGGCAGCGGAGGGAUCGUUACUUAUUGAGAAACUAGUACUUACUGAGAAAAUAGAAAUCACAUUCUAGUAAGCAACCCCGACGGAUGGCAUGAUCCGCGCGAGCACGUCAUGCUUGCUCACGUACUCAAUGAAGGUACUUUAUUCGCGGAGAGUCGUACAAAGGGCACGCGCAUGGCGCGUAUUUUGCGCAGCAGGCUGCAGACGACUUCUCCGUCGUGCUCGAGGUAGCUUCGGCUUCGCUGGGCAAGUGGCUGGGCAAAGGAAUAUCUCCGGACACGUUCGAGAACAUCUUGCUAGACUGCAAAAUCUUAGAACCGCACUUCCCCAAAGCGAAUUCCCAAGACUACGCUUUCUUCAAUCAGCAAAUCGGGGGGAAACGGCCGUUUUCGGUACUGCUGCUGUCAUGUUAUGAUUCCAGGUAUUUGAAGAGCAGGAAGAUCUCUUUAAAGUAUAGGAUUGAAGAUUUCGAAUCCGAACUUGGGUUUCUUUUUCCGCUCACCUUGGGAAGCGCAUUGCAUUCCUUUUUGUUCAUCACACUAGUCAAAAUACAAACUCCAGUGUGUAUCUGUGUGAGAUCUUCAUUUUCAUCAUCCACCUCAGAUUUUCGGGCGUGUCGCGCUGAUGGCCGUGAAGUUGAAGCACGCGCUAUCACCGGGAAAGAAGAUGAUGCAGAACCAAGGCCGCGGAGGGCACGCAACAAGAACGGUCGAAGUCACAAGUCCGGGCGGGACGAAAAGGACGAAACCGGCGCCGCCUCCGCCUCCCGGGGGUGCCGGAGCAGCAGGGAAAGCCGGUGGCGCGAAGUCGAGACUGCGACAGCAGGCCGAUGAGCAGCGGGCGCUGCUCGCGCAGCGGCUCGGGCAAGUACCGGACGCCGCGAAGCCGUUUGAGAUGUGGGGGCCGAUCGAUGCGCGCAGCACGCACGUCACGCCCUACCGCAGGCAAUGGGUGCAGCCCACGGGAGUGCGUCCGGGGAUCGGUAGCAAGAGGGCCACCGCUUCGUCCGCAGAUCGGGGGGAUGCGACAGACGCGACAACCGCGGGUCCCGCAUCAAAGGACACGGUGUAUUCGAGAUCGCAGUCGCCACCGCAGCUAUCAAAUGCAAAAAUGUCUGGGUCUGGAAGAAUGCAACUUGUAAUGCGUAUUUCAGAACACAGAAAAAUCUCUCAUGCAUAGGUAGCAAAAGCUGCCCACUGUCUGUCACCAAAGUGGGGGAUUUGUCAUGCGGAUUCGGCAUUCCGGAGGCUCUUCGAGACCUGUGAUGCUAGAGCUUCCAUGCCAGACCUUCUGUAUCAUGCAAAAACAGCAUGACUCUUCCAGACCCAGACAUUUUUACAUUUGAUAGCAGCAAGGCUGGUACAAGAAAACGGACGAGGGGUUCGUGAUUCCGACUCCGUACGAGCUGAAGUUUCAGAGCCGUAGUCCGUCUGUGGCCACGUCGCCGCAGAAACGCCGCGGGCGGAGCAGGUCGGCAACGAAGGGCAAGGCUGAGGAGAGCAGUCCGUCGAGGCCACGGGCGAAGGCUCCGCCCGAAACGGGCAAGAAUCCGGAAAUUCACAUCGGCAAUUGCGAGGGCAAAAGCGGCGGAAGCUUGGGGGGCGGCGGGGGAAAGAAAGGGUUGAACUAUGGCGGCGGGGGUGGCUCUCGCGCAGGGUGGUCGCAGUCUCUCGUCAGUGUAGCCGGUAACGGCGUAAUCACACUGGAGAGCGAUGCCGUUGCCACCUCCGUUAUUGAGAUCCUCGGUACUUUCACAUACGUUGUAGGAGGUUAUCAGUGUAGAACUCAGAGUGGCGGCUUCACCUUCAUCUUGGGAUAUGUGUUUGUGAACGUUUGCUCUGCUGCUGUGAAUUUUGUGAGCUUGCGGAUAUUAUUGUCACGAAGAAGAUAGUUGUAGAGAAUCAUGAUCAUCACAAUCAACACAGAAGCGUUUUCAUUUUGGACCACCACGACACUCCUUCUUAUUUUUAGGUCUCGGGCUCAGUGGUGGUGCUGGUGCAACAGACGAUAUGGCAGAGGACACGAGAGGAAAACCACCUGAGCUUGAGGAGGCGACGGCAAUCGUCGAGGACGGCGCAGGGACGGUUGCACUACAGGACGUCGUGGGGUCUGAUACGCUUCGCGCCGCCUCGGAAUUCGCGCAAAUGGCCGACGCUGUAAGCGGCACCGCUGCCCCCGCUGCCGGAGAGGAGGUGCUUUAGCUGUCGAAUCCUCUAGUCAUUUUGAAUUUUUAUCUUCGGGUGACAAGUUCUUAGAUGUGCGCUUCAAACUUGCUUCGCUCGCCGGCAUUGGGAGAACGCGACGCCGGCCAAAUCGAAACCUUAACCUAUUUAAUUUUGUCAUCUGCUCAGGCGCCAGAUGGAGAAGCUCCUGCACAAUCCGGUAAAGCAGCGGACGUCACGCGUGGCGGAGAGGGUAGCUCCUCGUCAGCUUCAAUAUCAAAAGCUGCUACCGUGCCGGCUGCCGCAGCAGUCCCCAAGGUACCUGCGGCGGCUGCUCCGCCAAAGAAGGAACGGCCGAGUAAGUGCUCUACUUCUUUUGGUUCGGAAGGCUUGAGUCUCAAGACCUCAUAUCUCUGACUUCGUAGAGUGUGACUUUUCAAAUGAAUUAUGUAGAGAGUUCACCUCCUGUGAAGGCCGUCGCCUGAGGAGAUCUCCCGGUCGUAACGUGGGGAGAAGCAGGCCGCAUGCUUAUCAGGGCAAGCGGUUAGUGGAUCUGGUUGAAAGAGUGGCCCCAGUGAAUGAGGGCCGCCGCCUCUCAUGAUGCCACCUCGUAGACCAUAUAUACGCGCUGGCCUUGUUGUUCUACGGAGAGCUAGCAGCAAGCAGCUCCUUGGCCCAUGCGCUUGCGCUGCUGCGCAGGUUCGCAACAAAAAGGCACGCCGCCGCUGUGCUGUUUGUUGCCUGCCACCCGGGUGCCGCGGCUGCGCCUCGCGCGUCCACGGGACGCGACGGGGCAGCAAGCCGCGCGGCACCACCGAUGAGCGCAGCUGCGCUACCGUUAGGGGAGCGCAGCCACCCAGAUGGCUGGCCACCCCACCCUCCCGGAUGCCGCCCCUUAUCCGAGCUCGGCCAAGCCCAUACCGAGAAUUAUAGCGCCGACCGUUGAUAGUGCGCGGCCACCCGGUUGGUCGGUACUAUGAAGAGCGCGCCACGACAGGCGAGCCCUGUGGCACCACUGAAUCGGCCACACAGCAACACAUUGGCGGCGCACAACCGCCCACGAGUUGAGCGCCCCCAGACAUGCAAAUGCUUGCUGUAGCUACGCAGUGCAAUACCAAAUCGGACGAAAAUCAACGGCAGUCGUGGGGAGGUGUUGGUGUUCGUGAGGCACUACGUCCGACGCGCCUCCGAGCCGUGAGGGCACUCGGAAGGGUAGGAGAGAGGGACCGAAAGUGCACCUACUCCGGGUGCGGGAGAUCCUGGCGAGACAGAUCCCACAUACAAUGCACUGAGACCCAUCCGUCCCCUUGUACGUGCGAUGUUUGUGCACAGUGGUCGGCAUCACCUGUGGCUUCGAUAAUAAUAAUAUGUAGAGAGUUCGAGGAACCGGUAAUAAAUCAUAUCUAGCAUAGGGAUAAGUUACUUGAGCUAGGCGAAUCAAUGGAUGAACACGAACCAUUUUCGCAGCCCCCACACAGUGUCUGUAUCUGACCGCGGAUCCAGCGGUGUUGGAGACAUUCGGAUUGCGCGACUUGCAAGGGGGCGAAAUAGACGACGUCGUGAAGGCGCACAAGCGGCCGUUUAACAAAAAGCCCUCCGAAAAAGCGGUGCAGGCGGCGUUGUCACGUACAGUUCAUUCUCAAUAAAUUUUGUUAUAGUAAAAGGGUCACUUUAUUAGCGUAAAAACAGCGGCGAAAAAAAAUUGAAUGCACAUCGUGCGGUUUUCGUAUAGGUUCCUCGUUCUCGCAAUGGAUUUCUUUAUUCGUUGGAACUCUCUGGCCUCAGGUCCCUCCACUGACAAGCCGCUCCCGCCGCGCACCGUGUACGACGACUGGGGAGCGGAGGCGCUGCGUCGGGCGGAGUACUACUACCGGAAGGAGCUCGCCGAGCUCGGGGAACCGAGCCCCACGCACAUGAUCGGGGAGGAGCCCAAGCGCACCUACGAACGCGACGACGUGUGCAAACACCUGCGAAACAUCGCAACGUGGAAGAAGAUAUGCUGUGCAAAAGUAUCGUACUCGUAGUAAUCGCAGUCAUGCAUUACAAAUCUCCUUCGUGACCUCAAUCCGCAUUACAAAAAAUUUCAUUUUUCAUGCUGAGGGAAUUUGUCAUGCGAUUUCUACUAGUGCGAUGCUUUUGCAUUUCAUAGAAGAAGGACGUCAUCGAUGCGGUGUACAACGGCGAGUUCGAGGACCUGGCAACCGACUACACUGCCCUGGACGACAUUGAGGAGGUCAGCGACAUGGCCACCUUGGAUCGCAAAAGCUACUGCCGCCACUUUGUGGCCAUCUCGUAGCACGGCCACGCUUGUUGUACGGGUGUUUGAGCUGCCGGUCUCGUCCUGUGUGGAGUCAAAAACAAUGGUGCGCUCAGUUUACGAAAAAAGAAGUCUUCCGGCUUCGCAUGCUUAACUAAGUAUAGUGACUAUCAAGAAAGUGGCAUCCGCAAAAGGUAUGCACCCUGGUGCGCGCUGCUUGUUUAUUUUCGUCUUACGCUUACGCAAUAAUGGUCAACGCUUACGCAAUUAUGGUCAAAGUUUUGCUUUCGGAGAAAGCUGCUGUUGACAGAAAAGAACGAAGAGACUUACGCGCAAAGAGAAAAGCACAGUGGCGG